AGGAACCAGCCUCCCUCGCUUGCACCACUACGAUUUGCUCUCUCCGAAGCAGACACAGCAGAUACACCAGAGAUGAGGUGGCACAGCCAGCCAUUCUACAUGCAUGCAAUUUUUCUCACGCCUGACCAACUAGAUAUAGUGCAGCCAAAACAGAUGUAACACGUUUCUUUUCUAAUGCAUGCGACAGGGAACACAAGCAAAGCAGGCACCCUGCUCCCUCUGUGCAGCCCUGGGACCGGGCUAUGCUGCAGAAUUCACCUCCCCAGCCCAGGAAUGAAACUAGUCAAGGGUGCACAGCUGUCAAAUGGGCCACCUACAGAUGUCAGACAAACUAUACCAAACAGACCGAGGGUAGGAAAGCAGUAGUUGUUCCUGGAGAUGAGAAUAAGCCAACCAUGACGAUAAAGGCAAGCGGGCAACAGACAGGCGCAGCAGCUCAAGACCUCAACCCGCUGUGUACAAAAAGCAAAGCUGGAGCCUGAAAUAAGAUCCAGGCUCCAACAAAAUGGACUAUUUCCAAGUAUUUGAAAAGCUUCAAACAGCUGUGGGGAGGAAGAAAAUUCUCACAGCCUGUGACAAGGCAGAGUGAGACGGACACGAAAACAAGGUCUCCGCUAAAACAGAAAAGGCAUUGAGUCUUUGACAACGCCCGGAGGGCACGGGUGGUGCUGGCUAGGCACACACUCAGCAGGCUCCCGCUGCUAAACGAUGUUUGAGGAAAAUCCUCCUUCAAGAUAUUUGACAAGACUUGCCCACCCAGAAGACUCCCAAGAAACCAACACAGCUGUAAGUCAUGUUUUGCAGGAUCAGGAAAACACCGGACACGUCCCAGUGGACAACAGUGACAGCUUUGCUUCCUCCGGCGACUUGCCAGCAAACCCAACCUCCCCGCAGCACCACCUGGCAAAUCUGAAGAUGCUGAUGUCCAGACAGAAGGCCGAGUAUGAAUCUAAAAUUGCAAGCCUGGAGCAGCGGAACAGAGAGCUGCAGUCAGAGAUUAAGGGUAUGCAUUCAAAACUGGGACAGCAGCGUAAGCGGUACAAUCUUGUGGAGAUGAAAAUGCAAAAUGCAGAGAGAGCAAAGGAAGAUGCAGAGAGAAGAAAUGAAAUGCUCCAAAAAGAAAUGGAAGAGUUUUUUGAAACCUUCGGGGAAAUUAACAGAUGGAAAUAAACAGCUUGUUCAGUUUCAAAUUGAGCUAAACUGUAGGAGAGAGAAAGGCCACAUCCUGAUUUCAGCACAUACUCCCAUUUCAGAGGUGAAAUAAGAAACCCAACAGUAAAAACUAGGCUGUCAAUUAUAAAGUGAGCAGUUGCUACAAACACUUUGGGAUCCCUGAACUCCAGGAGCUCUGCACCACCCUGCUAUGCCAGGGAUGCUUUCUCUUACCACUGGAAAAAUCUUUCAGACACACUGCACUACCAACUCCCAAGCCAGCCUAUGCAGUGUGCUGGGGAAGCACCCUGGUGUUUUUUGGCUAGCCUUGAGUCUUGUACUGAUGCACUAAAUGCUUAAGUGGCCAAGUGUUUUUAAUGAAGGGAUGCCAUGCUUGCUGGAGUGCGUUUUACCAGCCACCCCAGAAGUCACACAGCUAUUAUUGCAUGGUCUUUAGAGUGCUGAGCUCAUACCUGCAUCCCAAAGUCAGCUGUUUCAGGUAGAGACAAAUACAGAGGAAAAAAAAUGAGACAACACACUUGCACCUCCCUGUAGUUCCCAUCAGCACUCUUACAUAGCCCUGUGCCUGGGAUCCAGAGCCGUUGUGCAGUUCCUGUCCUCUUACUGAAGGGAUAUGCAUUCAUGGAGAAGGAAGAGGUCUCUUCCAAAGCCAUUUGCUCCUCUGGAUUAUAAUUAGCCUCCGUACAGGACUCCCAUAUGAACACAUUAUUCUUAAGACAGUCACUGGUAGACUCCCUCACUCACAUCUCAUCAGAGCUACUUCUCUCCACAUGAGAAAUGUGUUAACUGUUUUGAUACCAGCAUUAAUGACACAUAUACAGUUAAAUAUCAAGAAAAUAAUUGCUGUUCUUUUAACCCACUGCAGAAGAAUUUUAACAAUGGCAUCUGUAUACUUAAACCUGUACUGAAUUUAAAA